AUGGCGGACGAGGAACCCAUGGAGGACACGUCUCAACUCUCAGACACCGACGCCAGCGACGAUGAACCCCAGGAUGUGCCCGUCGAAAGUCUAGUCGCCGGCAGAGAGCGGCGCAAGACAGCCGGCAACCGCUAUGACAGGGACAUGGUUCUGGAGGAGGCCGGGAACGCCGACGACCCCGACGAAGUCACGUUACUCUUCGCUGACGACCAUGAGGAGGAAGAUGAUGAGUUCAGGAGCGACGCCGACGACGAGGACGCAGACAUGUCGUCUAGUGACGACGAAGACCAGGGUCCCAAUGCCGCUGCCGAGGAUCUGGAGGGCGAGAAGGAGUUGCAAAACCAGGCGAAACAAGAGAGGGCCAAGAAGCGCAAGGCGGAUCUAGCACUGACGAGCGUUGCGGGAGUGCGGAAGAAACUCAAGACCGAUCCCACAAAGCCUGCCGCCCCGUCUGCCCCUCCGAAACCCUCAAAGAAAAAGGAACGAGUCACAUGGGUCCACGAUGAGACUUCCGGCCGAAGUUCCCUGCGUAAGCAGACGAUCGCCCACCGGGAAGAGACCAUUGCUCGCCUGAAGGAAAGCGAAGCCCAGAGCAAGAAGCUGAAAGCGUUGAAGGAAAAGCGCGACAGAGAACGAGCAAAGGAUGCACCCAGAGAACUCACGCAAGCCGACCGACUGGCAGAGGCGGCGAGGGUGGAGCGCCAGAAUGCCAAGAGCCUGAACCGGUGGGAGGCGAUGGAAAGGAAGAGGCAAGAAGAACAAGCCGCGAAGCUGGCGGCCCUAAAAAACAGGAAGCUGGAGGGUCCUGUCAUCAGCUGGUUGAGCCAAAAGGCGAAAUGGAUUCGGCCGGAUCCCAGCAAAAUUGCGACCAAAGAUGCCACAAGCUCUGAGCAGCCUGGGCCGAAAAAGCGUGGACGGAAAUCGAAAGCAGAGCUCGAAUUGAUUGCUGCAGAAAAGGCGGCAGAGUCGAUAGGCACCAUCCCAGUGACUCCGACGACUACGUCUAUUUCGGAGCAACACAACCCUCCCGUCCAAGGUCCAGGGCCAGAGAAACAAACCCCUUCCAUGCAAGGCCCAACGCCAGAGAUGGUACCUGUGCCUGCCGCUUGUGCUGGCACUCCACAACCACAGGUUAUGCCGCCUGCCUCAGUUGAACUCCAGGAAUCUUUCCUGGUGGGUAUACAUGAAUAUGCCAAUUUACAAACAGACAGCAACGCUUCAGAGAGUAAACCGGCCAGUCCUCUUCCACAGGAAUUAGACGUGCAGCGGGACGCCGAAAUGAAGGACGUGACCCAGCAAGAUAUAGAGAAACCCCUCAAAUCCGCACUAAAUCAUGUUGGCUCGCAGACAGAGCCCCCACUGGCAGCUGUCCAGCCAGCACCGAUGCAGACCAUCUCAGGUGAGGAAGCGGAAGGCGUCACUAUCAAGACCGAGGCACCGCUGGAGCAGACUCAACCGCCCACACCCACCCACGCACCUCUCGAUCCAGGACAGCCCGCGCCAAUACCUCUAAUAGUCGAGCUUGUACCUGAACCGGAACCCCAAACUCCCCCAAUUGAGGAAGACUCUACCCGCAACCUCGUCAUCCUUGAGAAAUUCGACGAGCUCUCCGGCGAUGCUCGGCAGGAUUACUCGUUUUUCCACAACAAAAAGGCCGCAGGGCGAACAGGAAGAGCACCCAAACAAAGCCAGGAGCUCUGCUUGAUCACAGCUUUGCCCGUUCGGUACCGAGACCCCUCCACCGGCAUCGCUUAUGCCAACGCGGCCGCGUACAAGAAGCUCCAAGAGCUGAAAGAGCACAAAUACGCAUGGAGCAGCAUGCUCGGGUGCUAUGUUGGUCGAGAGAACGGCAUCACGGCUCGUGGAGUGCCUGAGGGGUUUGUAUGA